GACAUCUAAAUUUAAAAGGCUUUAUAAAAGGAUAUACACAUAUACAAAAUGUAUACAUAUGCAUGUACAUAUGUUCAUAGAACAUGAAAAUAUAGCAAAACAAUGUAAUUCUGACAAAAAGGGUGAGACUUCUCUACGAGUCUUACUCUGUGUGUGUGCACUUGACACUUAACAGACACAAACGUCAGGGGCUUUCAGUGCAUGUGCUAUCUUAAGUGGUGUAGCCCCAGAUUCCAGAAACUAGUGCGUUCUUUUACAGUACAUUUCAUCUAUCUUGUUUGACUACAAUGUCUACCAUUUAUUUUGCAAAACUCCGUUCUGGUCUCAGUACUUAACUCUGUAAACUCUAUGAAGACACAAGGUUGAUUGUCUCCUCCAGUGGCAAAGAACCACAAUUAGGGCAAAGAAUGUCAUGCCCACUGCUCUUUGAGACUUAAAAUAGCAUGUAGCAGAAACUCUAGUUAUGCCCUUCAAUAUCUAGAGAUUCAGCUAACAAAUAUUAGACAUCUAGGCAUUAGGGUACAGAGCAGGGCACGAAAUAUUUAAAAAUCCACGUAUAAGGGCUGGGGUGUAUGUAGUUCAGUUGGUAAAGUGCUUGCCUAGAAUGCACAAAGCCCUGAGUUUGAUUCCUAGCUAUGUAUAAACAGGGUGUGGAGCUGCACGCCUUUAAUCUCAUUACUCAGGACAUGAAGGCAGGAAGAAAAGUUCAAGAUCAUUUAACUACAUAGGCAUUGUGUGCUCCCUCCCCCUACAACUGGCGGCCGGGGUGGAGGGGAUCCAAAUCCAACCCCAAAGCAGCUUAUAUCGGGGCACUCAAUUAGUCAGCCAUCGUAUUUCAUUUGGUUCUUUGCAACCUCGGAAGUGAGGACCACCCUGUUUGGCAGAGAAGGAUAUUGAGGAUUACGUGCGGCUGAGAUCACUGGGGUCAUUAGUGGGCGUGAGGAUCAGCAUUCUAACCCAGGCCUGAGCUGUGAAUCAAUCAAACCUAAGCCAUUCACCCAAUCAGCAUAAAGUGCCGGCGUGGAGCUACUAUGCAGGUCAGACGCGGAGAGUGGUUUGCAGAGCGCAGACGACUCGCGAGGUCCCUCUGUACAAGUCGCGGGAUUUUGGCGCGCUCUUUUUGUUGGCUGGGUGUUCUUGCCGGUGAUUGGUUCCGGACUGUCGCGGCUGCUGGGUCGAUCUCGGUUGUACUGAGGCGGCACGGCCCUGGGCUGGCCUCCUGGGGGAUGGGCCACCAGGAAUCUCCACUGACCAGAGCAGCGGCGGGAGGUGCAGCUUACAUAAAGAGGUUACGUAAAGUGCUCAGCUGGCGCGAACUCGAGGACAGCCACGGGGAUCUGGAAGCCCAGGCCUCCCCCGGGAGCGUUGCUGUCACUGCAGGAGCAGCGCCGCGACCGGCUGCACGUCUCGCCCGGGUCACCGCCUCGCGCCCUACUCGGCUCGGCAGACAACCUCGGCUCGGAACGGACCAUCCUCCGGCGCGGGCUCCAGGGGGGAACCGGUCCGCCCGGAAGUGGAACAGCGCCGGGCAGAUCACAAUCCAAGGUACCGCUCCUCCGCAUCUCGGGGCUAGACGGAGGGAUGAGGCAGGGGGGGCCCGGGCGGCGCCGUUGCUGCUCCCCCCGCCUCCCGCAGCCAUGGAAACGGGGAAAGAGAACGGAGCCCGCAGAGGGACAAAAAGCCCGGAGCGGAAAAGGCGAAGCCCAGUGCAGCGGGUGCUCUGCGCGAAGCUGAGGCCGGCGGCCCAGGCCAUGGAUCCCGCUUUGGCCGAGGCCCCGGGCGAGGCCUUCCUGGCCCGGCGGCGGCCAGAGGGCGGCGGCGGCGGCGGUGGUAGCCCUGCUCGGCCGCGCUACAGCCUGUUGGCAGAGAUCGGGCGCGGCAGCUACGGCGUGGUUUACGAGGCUGUGGCUGGGCGCAGUGGGGCCAGGGUGGCAGUCAAGAAGAUCCGCUGCGACGCCCCCGAGAACGUGGAAUUGGCGCUAGCUGAAUUCUGGGCCCUGACCAGCCUGAAGCGCCGUCACCAGAAUAUCGUGCAGUUUGAGGAGUGCGUCCUGCAGCGCAACGGGUUAGCCCAGCGCAUGAGUCACGGCAACAAGAACUCACAGCUGUACCUGCGCCUGGUGGAGACUUCACUCAAAGGUCGAUCCUUCGGGACCCACAGUCUCAUCAUGUCUCGGACAGGAUGGCAGAGGGUACAGGUGGUGGCGAUCUCCUGACAGCUGGACCUCCCACAAUGUGAAGCUUUUGCUUGGGUUUCCCACGCUACCCUUUUCUUUUUCCUUUGUUAUAAUAAUAAUUAUUAUUUUAAACAUUAAACCAUCAAGACUUCUGAAGAGCAGAAGGCUACACUCUGGACAGGCACCUUUGUAUUGUUUGAGUUUUUGUUUUGUUUUUAAGAACAUUGAAUGUGGGCAAAGCUUAUGCAUAUAUUCACCGUUAAUCCGUUAAUUUCUUAAGUUAGGAAACAAUUUUAGUUUUAUCUUUCAUGUUCUGUUUUCUUUCUUACACAUCUCAGUUUUGCUCUAGCAUCCCAUUUCCCAAAGAAGUUCUAUCUGCCCCGAGUUUCGGUGCGAAGAUACAAGGAAGCAGCCUCCGAGUUCCCUCCCUCCCAGACGUGGGAGCUCUUGCACUCCUUGGAUGGGCUGGUCCUGGCCAGCCCUCAGGCCUCAGUCAGGAUCAGAGAUGAAGAAGCUCUCAGAAGAGGAAGACCAGGGUUUGGCCAGAAGGACUCUAAAGAAGACCUAAACCAUGGGUUUGGUUCUCUUUAAGUUCUUGGGAGCCUCAGGCCACACCAGGACUCACUGUAGUUGGAAUUGCUUCCUUCUGCCCUUUCCAAGCGGAGUCCCUGAGGAAGGAGACUGAGAGUGAUCAUCCCGUCACUUGGGGAUAAAGACUCCCCCACCCCCACCCCACUUGCACAAGCCUAUCUUCUAUUAGGACUGUUGUGCUGACCCUCGUCACUUGGUCUUCCUUGGCCUCUGGCCACUGCUCUGAGGCCAAUACCUUUUUCCCUGGAUUUUGCCUCCUGGAUUAUCUUCCCAGGGUGCUGCAAGUCCAGCCUGUCAUAGCGACUACCUAGCCCCAGUUUUGACCAUUGCAGAGUACCCUCAACUGGCUGCUGCCAUCAUUUCCUCACAGUGAAAGGUGUGCCCUGUGUAUCAGGAUCCAUGGUGUCACUCACCACCGGGUGAUACUGUCAAGCGCCAUCUCUCUUACCCGCAGGGACUUCGUGUUAGGUGACCACCCUCUUUGUAACUGUUGUCUGAUGAGAAGAGAAGGGACCUGCCUUGAAUAGGGAGGUAUGAGGCAGACAGGGAUGCCCGCAUGGCUACUAGAGGGCCCGUAGAGCAGCUAGCCGUCUUAAAGCAUCCCAACCUGGAUCCCCAUGACUCUGCUGUCUGUCUGCACAGCCUUUCACUCUUAACUCCCUGCAGUGUUCUCACAGCCUCCUAAGGGACGAUACCUUCCCUCCAGCUGCUUCAUGGACCCUGUCAUUCUCUCUGGUGCAUCCCUCGACUGGGACGCACCUUCGGUUGCUCCAAAACGUUUCCAGAUUGUUCACCCUGUUCUGGUCACAUGAGAUGGGGUCUCUGGACAAGGAAGGAAGGUAUCUGUUCGUUCUUGUUUACCUUCCUAAACUAGGACGGUUAGGGAAGUGAGGCCAAGGAGAGCUUUUCUUCCAGCAGCUGUCCCUUGGUCCUGUAGUGUGGGAAGGCCAUUGCAACACGGAACCCUGAUCAGCUCUGUCCACUUGCAUUUCCCAGCCUUCUCUCAGCACCAAAGUUUCUUCCUCUUCUUGGCCAGAGGUCAGCUGCUGCUUCCUGUGGGUACGUGGCUGCAGGUGGUAAUGUAGGCCCUUACCUUGCGCUGUACUGUGAUAGCAUCUCGUCUCCUUGAGUGACUUUUUAAGCAGCCUCCUGAGCCUAAUCAGAGAAGCACCUGGGAGGGUGGGAGCAGCAGCAGCCCCUAAUUGCAAAGUACAUUCCAUUUCUGUUCCACGCCCCUCCCUUCCCCUGGGUGCUGCUGUCUUUGUGCCUGAGCAGAUGGGAAAAGCAGUCUCUGAGCUCAGGACCCCACACUUCCUGCCGUAGUCCUGCUCUGGGUUCCUAGCAAAUCACUAGUCUACCGACCUUGCUCUUUCUCGUCCCCGUCUCUUAGCUCUCUACAAUCAAGACUUGGGUUACGGUGCUUUCCCACCGGACUUUUCUUGGUGUCAAAGCAGCCCCCACAGGUUGCAGGUGGGUAGCCCGGGGAGGGUAGCCUGCUUCCCUGCACCUUAUCUUCCAUGCUCCCAGCUGGCUCUGGCCUGAUGACUGCACCUCUCUCUAUCUCUGGCUCAGAUGAGAGCCAGGUCUUGAGCCCCAAGUGCCUGUUCCUGCAUUAGUUGUUGUUGGUUUUGUUUUGUUUUGUUUUGUGUCCCCCCCCCCCUUGCAGUCUAUGCUAUCACCUACCAGCCAGAUGGAAGCUGGCCUGGUGACACGCUUGCUGUGCUAUGGCCAGUGAGUCAGCCCCCGGUGGGCUCUGUAGUCUUCCCAAAGCCUGGCUCUCCGUCUCUCUUAGGGAUCAGCAUCCUUGUCCUCUGUUCCUCCCCUUCUGCCUCUAUAUGGGUUGCAGGCCUGCCAGUAGCUCUGUGGGGCAUCAUCUCAGGUGCCUCCAGGUUUGUUAGAUCUGUCCACAUUCUAGAAGUUGCAGAACUUCUACCGUUUGUCCCUUUUCUUGGGUGUGAGGGUUGCCUGUUGGGAGACUGUCCUGGCCUGAGUUCUCUGUGCUCAGGCUCAGCUCCCUGUGAGUGAAGGACAGAUCAUAGUGCCUUAUUCCAUUGUCCUCCUCUGUCCAGACUCUGCCAGAAGCAGGUGGCUGUCUUCUCUGUCCAUUCGUCACUUGUACUCAUACUCUCCCACCUGUAUAGCCACAGGGGACGGAAACCUCUGAGCCCCCACCCACCUCCCGUGGGCUGUAGCCAGACACACCUCCCUCUUGCCUCUGUGGCCCUUCCAGCAGCUCUAGACCAGGACCAAAUGCUGCUGCCCACACAUGCACACUGCCUUUGUCCCUCCCUGUUCAUACCUCUAGCCAGGAAGACACCGACUGCACCAUGGGAACUGGCUCCAGCUAACCCCUUCUGGUCAUAGGAGACUAAGGGUCGGGCUUUAACCUCCCUCGCUCUAGGGCAUUGGGGCGGGGAGUAGGAACGUGAGUCCCACCUUGUAGGGUUUGCCCUUUGGCUGCCUGAGGGAUGUUUUAAUGUUUACUUAAAGAAAUACCCUGUUUACAGCUGGAGGAAAAGUGCGCCCACUCUAGGUGAAGAUCUGAGUCUGGAUAGGGCCUGGCCUUCCUGUGGCACUGCCAGUGGGUGACUCCAGUGGUAGAGAAGGCGGAUAGAUGCCUGGAGUGAGCCCGAGGCCCCUGACUCACUGGCUUCGUAACCCCGUGGUGCUAAGACCACUCCUGUCCUCCUCAUAGCCUUCUUGCCCCAACAGUCCCACCCCCCUCAUUCCUUCCUCCAAGAUUUUCAGCUCUAACAUAUCACUAUUUUAGAAAACCAGUGUUCUCAGCAAUAAGGUUAUAUUGUUUUGGUGUGACUCUUUUUCCAAGAACAGGAAAAGAACAUUGUGGGAAUCUUUAUGCUAUUAGCUGUUUACUGUGUUAGAAGACAGCAUAAAGGAUGGAUUGUAUGUGGGUUUUAACCUUUAGGUAUCGUUUGCAAACUUGGGAAGAGCAAGAGUCUAACUGCUAUCCUCCAACGAGGGAACGUUACUGCCCUGCCUUAUUCCGUUGCCCCCCUCAACCCUGCUCACCUCACGUGAGCUCUUCCCACCUCGUCUCUUGAUCAUUUGCCCCGCCUUCCACAUCUGGGGGCACUAGUGGCUCAACUCUAGGUGGGUCUUUGGGUUAUCCCUACCCUUGACUGGGUUCUUUCUCCCCAUCUGGCAGCUCCAGACAGCUGCUGGGAGUCUACCUAAGAAUUGGCUAAGCUUGGUUAUUCAGCUCUCCAGGCCAGCAGACUGGAAGCUGAUGCCUCUGCCUUUGCUGAUUCUGAGUUUGUCAUGCAGCCCUCAGGGCAGCAUAGGGUUGACUUUGAGGGAAAGGAGCCUUGUCUGGAAACAUGCUCUGGAAGGGGAGCCCAGUAGGUAUUCUAGAGCAUUGGCUGAUGUCAGCAUCCACAGCCAUCUCUGAGGGACACAUCUACUGCCAUUGGUUGCCUGGGGGCCCCUAGGAUUGAGGGGAGUACCAGGAGUGAGCCUUUUUUUUUUUUUUUAAAAAUCCAAGUGUGGUCAUAGGAAGAAGGAAACCUACUUAGGGGGUAUUUAAAAAAAAAAUUGCAUCCCAAAGGCUACUACCAUCAAAACCGGAGGAUAUUUCAGUUAUUCUUAAUGCUCAUGUGGGUCAGAUUUGGUUUUGAGGGAGAUUUAAAGCCAGACACAAGGUUAGUUUCAAUACUAGUUAAUCUAAUUUUCCUUUUUUUUUUUUUUUUUUUUUUUUUUUUUUUGCACAGAAGCUGGUAAUAUAGGACCUAUGUGUGAACAACUUUAUAUGAAUAUUUUUUGUACUUGGCUUACUUGGGUUGGUAUGAUACAUUAUAUUUAAGUUCUUUGAACACUGUGGAUCCCCCUAUUGUGUAUGAAUGACUGAGCUUUGUAAAUUAAGGGACGUUUGUGUGAAUAAAGUUAUUUGAUGGGGUCUAAAAGCCAUAUGCUAUUUGCAAA